AUUCUCAUAUCCACCACCACUCACACCACCAAUUUCAGCCCAAAAUGGCCUCCGUUUGCGCCUCCUCCGCCAUUGCCGCUGUCGCCGUCUCUUCCCAAAAGAUUGGAUCAAUUGCAGCAACAACCAAGACUCCUUUCCUUAGUGGGAAGAAACUCAGAGCAAGAAAAUACACCACACGUCCGGCCACAGGAAGAUUGGCCCCAGUUUGUGUUGCUGCCGAACCAGAUAGACCCCUCUGGUUUCCCGGCAGCACCCCUCCUCCAUGGCUAGACGGCAGCCUCCCUGGAGACUUUGGUUUUGAUCCUCUAGGCCUAGGAUCUGAUCCUGAGACCCUGAGGUGGAACGUGCAAUCGGAGAUCGUGCACUGCAGAUGGGCAAUGUUGGGUGCUGCCGGAAUUUUCAUCCCAGAGUUCCUUACAAAGCUCGGAAUUUUGAACACCCCUUCCUGGUACACCGCCGGAGAGCUGGAAUACUUCACCGACACCACCACUCUGUUUAUAGUCGAGCUCAUCUUCAUUGGAUGGGCGGAAGGGAGACGGUGGGCCGACAUCCUCAAGCCCGGCUGUGUUAACACAGACCCAAUUUUCCCCAACAACAAGCUCACCGGGACUGAUGUUGGGUACCCAGGUGGGCUCUGGUUCGACCCACUGGGCUGGGGAAGCGGGUCCCCUGAGCAGGUGAAGGAGUUGAGGACUAAGGAGAUCAAAAAUGGGAGGUUGGCUAUGUUGGCCGUUAUGGGUGCAUGGUUCCAGCACAUCUACACCGGCACUGGACCCAUUGACAACCUCUACGCCCACCUUGCCGAUCCCGGUCACGCCAACAUUUUUGCUGCUUUCACUCCAAAGUGAGACAGAAGAAGAUGGAGAUUAAUGUGUGAUGUUUGUUGAUCCGAGGAAGGAGUUGAAGAGAUGUUUUCUAAUGUUAGGAAUUGUGUUGCCUCUGUGUAUGCGUUCUAUAGAAUGCUAGGGCAAUGUACAAAUAUCUUUGUAUGAUUUAGAUGCCUUGAAUAUAAAUUCGAGUCUAAAACAAAUGUGUGCUUAUAGC